AUGGCAUUUGGAGCUCCAAGAGGUAGAGGCGGAAGCCGUGGUGGUGGAAGAGGUGGUUUUUCAGGCAGAGGAGGUCGUGGUGGAUCAUCUGCUGGUGGUAGAGGUGGUAGAGGUGGUGCUAGAGGAGGUAGAGGUGGAGAUAGAGGAGGAAGAGGAGGAUCUAGAGGAGGUCGUGGUGGAGCUAGAGGAGGUGCAAGAGGUGGAGCAAGAGGUGGAGCAAAAGUUGUUAUAGAACCUCAUAGACAUGCUGGUGUAUUUAUAGCAAGAGGUAAAGAAGAUUUAUUAGUUACAAAAAAUAUAGCACCCGGGGAAUCAGUAUAUGGAGAAAAAAGAAUUAGUGUUGAAGAACCAAGUAAAGAAGAAGGUGGAGCACCAACAAAAAUUGAAUAUCGUGUAUGGAAUCCAUUUAGAUCAAAAUUAGCUGCUGGUAUUAUGGGAGGUAUUGAUGAAUUAGGAGUUGCACCAGGUAAAAAAGUAUUAUAUUUAGGUGCUGCAUCAGGUACUUCAGUUUCACAUGUUGCAGAUGUUGUUGGACCAGAAGGUUUAGUUUAUGCAGUUGAAUUUUCUCAUAGACCAGGUAGAGAAUUAAUUGGUAUGGCUAAAAAGAGACCAAAUGUUAUACCAAUUAUUGAUGAUGCUAGACAUCCACAAAAAUAUAGAAUGUUAGUUGGUAUGGUUGAUUGUGUAUUUGCUGAUGUUGCACAACCAGAUCAAGCUCGUAUUAUUGCAUUAAAUUCACAUUUAUUUUUAAAAGAUGGAGGUAUAGUAGUUAUAUCAAUCAAAGCUAAUUGUAUUGAUUCUACAGUUGAUGCAGAAACUGUUUUUGCAAGAGAAGUUCAAAAAUUAAGAGAAGAAAGAAUAAAACCAUUAGAACAAUUAACUUUAGAACCUUAUGAAAGAGAUCAUUGUGUUGUCGUUGGUAAAUAUAUGAGAAGUGGAAUAAAGAAAUAA